GGGAGGCAUGUAACGUGUUGUACGCUGCUCAGAUUGAUUUUUGUCAGCGAUCCGCGCUUUAAACUGCGCCCUUUCGACUUCUUUACCCGAUGAUCGAUUUUCUUUUCACAGCUGAUUAACUUCCGAGAUGUUACAGCUUGAAACAGACACACAAGGACACAAAAGUUCAAAUGGGAUUUGUUGCGACACCAAACUUUGGCAGCAUGGACGCGCACCGCGGCGCGCCUCCGGCCGGGCAGCAGAUCGUGCACGUCCGCGGGGACUCGCAGACGGAGCUGGAGGCCCUUUUCAGCGCGGUGAUGAACCCCAGCAAGGCGGCCAGACAGCCGUCCUCUCUGCCCAUGAGGAUGAGGAAACUGCCGGACUCCUUCUUCAGGCAGCCGGAUUCCCGGGGCCACUCCAGACAAGCCAGUUCGGAUGGAGGUGUGUGUGGCUCCCUCACUCCUCAUCACGUCCGCGCCCAUUCCUCCCCUGCCUCCCUCCCGGUCAACUCCCUCUCCACUCAAGCAGCAGAUGUAGCAGCGACGCCGAUCAUACCUGAUGACGUGCCACUCCCCCACGGUUGGGAAAUGGCCAAAACGCCUACUGGCCAACGUUACUUCCUCAAUCACCUGGAUAAGACAACCACUUGGCACGACCCCCGACUUUCGCAGCUUCAGUCCGCUGCAGCUCAGCAUCCUAUCUCUGGCCCCCCGAUCCACGCACACUCCCUCAGCAACCCAGCACCCACUACGCAGCCACAAAACAUCAAUCCAGAGACAGGUCCACUGCCUGAAGGCUGGGAGCAGGCGGUGACUGCAGAUGGAGAGGUGUACUACAUCGAUCACAUAAAUAAGACCACCGCAUGGGUCGACCCGCGUCUAGCCCAGAAGAUGAACCCUGGCAUCCUUGGCUUGGCACUGCAGCAAAGGCAGGAAAAGGAAAGGCUCAGAUGCAAACAACAAGGCCUCCCUCCGCAAAUCGCACCACAGGAGGCAGGAGGAAGGAACCAGAUGCCCGGCGGGAUGGACCAUGACAGGAACGCACAGACACUUGUCCCGUCUCUGGAUGUCAGGAUCAGAGCCUCGAACCACGAACCCACACUUAAUGGCGCUCACUCUCGCAACGAGAGCACUGACAGUGGUCUGAGCGUCAGCAGCUUGCCCCGCACGUCGGACCACAUGUUGAGCUCUGUUGAUCACAUGGACACUGGUGACGCUGGCGAGACCUCCUCGAUGAGCUUACAGGAGUCGAUGCCUGUGCUCCCGAUGUCUGAGGGCGAGGAGCUAAUGCCCUGCAUCCCGGAGGGUCUCAGUUCAGACCUUCUGAUGGACAUGGAGACCGUUCUCUCUGGGUCGCACAUGGACAGAGACAGCCUGCUCACCUGGCUAUAGACACACCCAGCUCACCGCCCAAAUAUGGUUUGACAUCCAAAUCUUCAUAACAUGACUGAGAAUUCUGGAGAAUCGAAAGUGGUACAGAACAACAUAACUACAACAUGCUACUGUUGUGUGAUGGAUACCUAACACUACUUGCACCCUGAGGAAUGAAAAAACCCUGACUCUCACAGAGGGUGGUAAGCUGCUGGUGUUCUCCUCUUUUUGGGCCUGGUUUUACACAGAUGCAUGACGGAGCAUCCAUAUUUUUUACAACACUCCUUUCUUUUUAGUCAUCGACCUCAGAUGAUGCUCGCCACGUCUCUGGUAAAGUGCGUCAUAGCUAAUUUUAGAGUACAGAUUUAUUAUCCCCACUUGGGUAAUACUGUUUGCAGAAAACCUUUAAAAACAGUGUCAAGUCAAUGAAAUUUGCAUGUGUCAGUAACAUAAAUGCAAACAAAGACAUGUUAAAAUAACAUAAAGGUUACUCAAAAGAUAUUUAACAGUAACAUAAUGUAUCAUAUCCACAUUCCCCUCGGUUUCUUCAUAUAGCCUGUAGGAUAAAAGAGCAGCAUGUAGUGCUACUACAUCUUAGCAGCCUGUAAUUUGUGAUUUUUAAUGCACAUGCUCACAGUUGUCCAAACCAUUUUCUUAAUAAGCGUGAGGACUGAGAGCAAGAGAUGAAUCAAAGAAUGUAUCUGGAUUAACACUACUAAAAAUCCCUCCGACUAUCUCUGCUACACAGAAACCCCGAGGGGGGGGCAGACACACCCUUGUGGUGAGCCAGUAGAAGAUUAAGAACACUAACAAGAACUCAAACUUUAGAAACGGUCGGUUAAAAUGCUCACAAGCCAAAAAACAGUAUUAAAACCUGUCUGUGUGGAAGACUGUGGGGCUGCUCAAAACCAAGAGUGGAAUAUCUUUGAGGUUUUUUCAAAAUUAAGUUAAGGAGGCUAAGCGUCUAUCUUCGGCCACAGUGAAGACCUAACAAAUCAAAGCCUGUCAAAAGCCUUCACAUUUGGAGAAAAGUAGGAGUCUUAACUUGGGCACUAAAACUACAGUAAAGUGUGUUUUAGGACCUCUCUUUAAAGAAAGGAUAUCUACAGUAAAUGAACACAUGUUCAGUAUAAUGCAAUCCAACACAAUACAGGAUUUUCCCCAGGAAACUAAUCCUGACGCAUCUGGUCUUCUCAUCAACUUAGUUAGUAGAUGACGGCCUAAAGCCACACUAUAUAUGUGGCCUUGGGUGUGAAAUAGCAUCUCUGCUCUUUUUCCCUUGAGGUUAAAGUUGUAUUUUAUAAAAGUGUGUUAAAUCUUUUUAGAACAUUAGACCACCUCCGCUCUAAAACACCGUAGGAAAGCCUGCAACAGCCUUGCUAUAAAAAUCUCCUUUUUUGAAGUUACUAAUAUUCAGGUUUUGUUUAUUCUGUGUUUGUGUUGUUGUAUUGGAUUGCAUUUUAUUGUAAUGUGUUCCAAUCAUUUUGUCCACUCCAGCAUUGAAUAUAAGCUUCAAAAAGGUAGUAUUUAUUGGAGAUGUGUUUUUAUUGGAUUGCAUUAUAUUGUACAGUUGUAAUGUUAUGAUGUCCACCCCUUGUUUAAGAAAUGAUGCCACAUAGUUGCCAUCAGGACGUUUUCUCUCCUUAGUGUGCAGCAGAGAUUUCAGCACUUUCUACUCAUCAGUGCUAACACAGCUCUCAGCAGCUCCUACCUUAGCCCUGAAACAUAAAUGAAAAAUAUUCGGUGAAUCAGCCAGCACCCCAUCAACUUAGGUUAAACUGUUUUAUUAUUCCCUUUUAUCACUUUUCCCACUAUUGGCUUGAUUCAUUCCUAAUAAUAAUUUCCUUUUUUCACAUCUUAAGCAUCUGUUCACACAGUUUUUUCCCCACAGAAAGACGUACAACCAGUAACAGUCUCAGCCAAGUUUUUAAGUUUUAGCUCCUUAACUACAAAUCGUCUACGCUUUGAUACUUACCAUUUUUGAAUGUAUGCAGUACAGAUUUAGCUUUUUAAGAUGCACUUUUCUUACCAUUUCAGGCAUCCAUUGUUUUCCAAAAUCAAUGAGCAGACUCUUGAAACUUGCCUGAGUUAUGUAGUCACUCACCGUGAACAUCAAGUCUGCAGUAUGUUUUCAGUCUUGCAUUAUCGUGGCGUGAUAAUGCAAUUUAAGUGCAGAUUGAUUUGAAGAGUCUGUGCUGCAUUACCACACAAUGAUGAUGUAACACUGACACAAAAUAAUGCAUACUUGAUGUUGACUAUAAUGAAUUGUUUCUAACUUUAAGAACGCACACACAGCGAGGCGCAGACCAGCGUGAGCUUCAAUGCAAGUUCAUCAAAAUUAAAACACGUCCCAGUACACCAUGCUUUAUUCACCAAAUGUUUUUGCUUAUCUUGCCUUCAUCAGGGUGGAGUCUGAAGCUGUUUCCGGUUUCCUUUUUAUAUACAGUUCAUUGAUCGGUCAUGUGACCAUAGAUACCAUGUAUACAAAACCACAUCAUCAUCAUCCUUUUCUUUAAAAUUGCAAUUUACAAAAUAUCAUUAUUCUUGGUUGAUACAAAAAUUGUAAGAUAAAUAUAUAUGACCAUAAAUACAGUAUUAUAAUGUGUUUCCUUUUCAGAAUAUUCACUAGCAAAUGCAAGCUUUCAUUUGAACCCAUCAAUGGGUAAAAAGGUUGAAUAUCCAUUUUUAAAUAAAAAGCAACAAAUUAUGUAUUUUUUAACCUCUUUAAAAACCUCUUUUUUAACCCCUUCUAUCUCUUAAAAUGUAUAAAUAACCCCAACUAAUUUCAACGUCAGCCUACGGUAAUGAAUUUCACAACAGAAGCAAGUUUCAAAAUCCUGCUAAUAGAUUUUCAUAUUGUUUGGACAUGUAUGGAUUAGAUGCCUGGAACAGUAGAAAAAAACGCAUUGAAAUUUCUGAAACAGAGCAGCAUGGUUUGCAAAAUACUUAGCAGUGAUGUAAAAUGUAUGUGAUUUGUUGUAAAUAGACUAAAACAUGCACAAUCACUGGUAUAAUCCUUUUAAAAAUAACCCUGGUCAGAGCUAUUAAGACAUGAGUUUGCUACCACUCUGUAGUUAUAAUCUCCUCUGUCCGUGGCUCUAGCUUUCCACUCUUAAAGAGCUGUUUUGUGAGUGGGAACGAGGGAAAUAUUGUGCUUUAAAAAUGGACUUCAGGCCCAUCUGGAGAGUCAUGGCAUAAGUCAAGGACCCUCAGAAAAGCAACAAUUGCGGAUGCUGUGUUGUUGGUAUAUUUUGUUCUAACUGCAAGUGCUAUCCAGUGCUCUAAUACAGAAGGUAAUCGUCAAUAAGGGGAGCUCUUUAAUUCUCCUUGUUUAGCUAAACUAUAUAAUAAGUAUAUAAUCAGUUUUUUAUCCGCUGGGUUGUUUCUGCAGUGUGUUUUGUAUUUUAUCUGAAUUUGAAGCGGUUAUUUUAUUAUUGGUGAGAGCAUUUCUUCUAACCAGCUUCCUUUUUAUAUAUACAGUAUAUAGAGGUAAAGACUUCAUUCACAACAUCCCCAAAAUAAAGAGCCAAGUCAGCUAAAGUACCAUCCAUGGGCCUGGAGUGACUUACUGUUCAUACACAUAAUGCAACACACUACCUAGCCUAUUAUUUAUCUUAGCAUGCAUGACACUUGCUAUGUAUGUUACAUAUAAUGAUGUUCAUUAUCCUAUUUACAGAGAGUUUGGAGGCAAUCAGACUUGUUUUGUACCUUUUUAUGCAUGUGCUUUAUAUAAAUAUAUUUCUUCUUACUCUCACUGUAAUCAUUUUAAAGGAGUUUCUGUUUAAUAAACUUUUAAAUACA